UGACGGGUUCGUCAUCGCUUGGAAUGUUACGGUUGAUUUUGCUGUUGCUGAUCUUUUCGAGUUGUUAUUGUUUGGAAUGGGAUGCAUCAAAUUUUCCAAAUCCAACAACCGGUGACUAUAAACGAUGUCAUAUGCGAACAACGUCGAGUAUAUGUGACCCAGACGAAGUAUUGACUGAACAGCAACGAUAUCGAUUGAAUCAUGAAUUACAUCAGCUGGAAUCUCGAACUCGACAGGAUCAUGCUCCCGACUUUUGCCAAAAAAAAGGAAUUACAGCAGCGAUGGCUGUUGUCAAACAUAUUCGUGGAAAUUCCGAGGAAGCUGUUAAAGAAAUGGCAAAUCAAAUUCUUCGAAAGUGGACAUUGGAUAAUCAGUGUCAGAAAUCAGUGGUUUUCGUCGUUGCAACAGAAGAUCGUCGGUUUUGGGUAGCACGUGAUUCACGAGUUCCCGUAUAUGCACAAGAAUUUACGCAAAUAUUCAACUCCCAAAAGCAACUUUUUCAACAAGGAGACUAUUCGCAAGCAUUGGGCAAUAUAGUACAACAAACAUGGGAAAAAGCUCUAUCAAAGCAAGGAGGAGCGGAACCACCAAGUGGUGGUAGAGGUGGUUUUGGUCCAGCUGUUCCUCCACCGUCCCGUGGUAUUAUACCUAAACCGGAUAUUGGAAAAAAGAGUGGAGGUCUUCUGCCGCAUAUACCGUUAUGGUUUUGGUUUAUACUUAUCCCCAUCAUUUUAUCUCUCCUCUGUUGUUGUUGUUUGUGCUAUUGUUGUUGUUGUCGUAAGAGUGGUGGUACAAGCAACAUUCCACGAAGACAAGGACCCAUUGAUAUUGAGGGUGGUAAUAGAGUUCCAGUGGGCGGGCGUAGCGGUAGGUCCGUUGGUGGAAGAGGUGGAGGUUUCAAUAGUUUCUUGGGUGGCCUUGGAGGUGCUGGUCUGGGUCAUUUAGCCGGUCAACUUUUAGGUGGUGGUGGUAAACGUCGCGGUGUUCCCUCUUCUCCAGAUUAUCAGGGUGGUGGUGCUUAUCCCGCAGCACCAUCCCAAUCUUACGGUGGUGGUACUCGUGGUACUGGUACAGGUGGCAAAGGACUUUAUCCAACAGUUGCUAUAAAUGAUCAAGGUGGUGGAGGUGGGUGGUAA